CGCCCAAUCAGCGGGCGGUGCUGCCGGAGCGGCGGGCGCGGCACCGAGGCAGGGGCGGGGCGAGGCCAGCAGCGGCGGCGUCAUGGCGGAGAGCGACUGGGACACGGUGACGGUGCUGCGCAAGAAGGGCCCCAGCGCGGCCCAGGCCAAGUCCAAGCAGGCGGUGCUGGCAGCGCAGCGGCGGGGCGAGGACGUGGAGACCUCCAAGAAGUGGGCAGCAGGCCAAAACAAGCAACACUUCAUCACAAAGAACACAGCCAAGCUUGACCGAGAGACAGAAGAGCUGCACCAUGACAGAGUUCCCCUGGAGGUGGGCAAAGUAAUCCAGCAGGGUCGGCAGAGCAAGGGCAUGACGCAGAAGGACUUGGCCACAAAAAUCAAUGAAAAACCGCAAGUCAUUGCUGACUACGAAUCAGGAAGAGCAAUCCCCAAUAACCAGGUUAUGGGCAAGAUUGAAAGAGCCAUUGGCCUUAAACUGCGUGGGAAGGAUAUUGGAAAACCGCUCGAAACCGGCCCCAAGGGGAAAUGACAACAAAGCCUCGAAAUCAGUUUGUUCAGACUGAUCUCGUCUGGCUGGUUCUCCUUAACCACCGGAAUCUCUCUUCAUAUUGCCAAGCUGAACAAGAGGGUUUCAGACUUGCUUUGGGGGGGAAAUCUGCAGAAUCUGUACCUGCUGUAAAAAGGCAACCUUAAAGAAGCGAUUCUCCUGAUUUUGUUUUUUCCUUCCUCCUUUCCAGAGAUUGAUGAACUAAGCCCCUCCCCCCCCCAAAAAAAAAUACUGCAUCUAAUUUGCCAGAAAACAUGUGCAUCUUGGUGUUUAGAAGCAGCUAAUGUUAAGACACUUGGGGUUGUCUGAAAUGUGAUUGUUUGAUUGGAGCAAUUUUGGGGAAGGGUGGGAUAUAUUAUAAAUAACUUGGGAGAGUUGGGGUUUGAUCAGUGUCUGCAUUUGAAAUGAUGACUCAGUCACUGUGUUGCAAUGACAUUUUUGUUUGUUCCUUCCAGCCUGUUUUAAAGAGAUCUAUAAUAAAGUUUGAUACCCUUCAGUUGCA